AUGGAUGAACAUAAUAAAUUCGAACAAGAUUUUAGAGAUGAAUUUUCUGAGGGAGCAUAUUUUUCUGAAUCUGAUCAGUCAGAAGAUAUCCUUGAAGCUGCUUAUGCGGUUGACUCCGUGCAAGACAUUACAACUUUGAAAUUUAGUGAAAAUUUUGCAGAGAAAAUUGGCAAAUAUCACUUUUCUACUUUGCAGCUUGCAUUUGAUUUUUAUCUGAAGUACUCAAAGUCGAAAGGCUUUAGUGCAAGAAAGAGCAAGACCUUCAAGAAUAGUAUUGGCGAGAUUUACAAACAAAACUUUGUAUGUCAUAGGCAAGGUUCCAGGGAGGAGAAAUAUUACACAAUGGAAAAAAGGAAGAAGGCGCCUAGAUUGGAAACAAGAACUGGAUGUGAAGCCCGAAUGGAUGUUAAAUUUGUACCAGAAACUGGAAGACGGCAUAUCUUUUAUUUUUCUGACGAACACAACCAUGAUCUAUUGGAUACACAAUUCAGUGCUAUGUUGCCUGCCCACAGAAAAAUGUCAGAGGCAGAUAUUAUGCAAAUGAUGAACAUGCUAAAGUCAGGAAUUAGCACUUCACAGAUAUUUGGUCUUCUAGCUAGUCAAGCAGGCGGGUAUGAAUUUGUUGGCUCUGGUCCCAGAGAUAUGUACAAUGAGAUUGCUUGGCAAAGGCGUCAAAUUCCUGGUGAUGCAGCACGAGUGUUGAAGAAGUUGGAGGAUAUACGGUUGAAGGAUCCACAAUUAUAUUUCAAGGCAUGUCAUGAUUCAAGAGGUAUGUUACAUAACUUGUUCUGGUCUGAUGGGAUUAGCGAACUAGACUAUCGACUCUUCGGGGAUGUUAUUGCUUUUGAUGCUACGUACAAGAAGAACAAGUAUAGUUGUGCAUUAGUCAUAUUCAGCAGGGUUAACCACCACAACCAAACAAUUAUUUUUGCUGCUGCUUUAAUUGUGGACAAAACUACUGAUACAUAUAUUUGGCUCCUACGUCAGCUCAUGUUUGCAAUGAAGGGCAAGACCUCGACCUCAAUAAUAACUGAUGGGGCCAUGGCGAUUAGGAAUGCAGUAAGAGAUGUAUUUCUCGAAGUCAGACAUAGAUUAUGCACUUGGCACCUUAUUCGAAAUGCAACUAGCAAUCUUAUUGAAGAAUUUGGCCUUGAGGAUAAGCCGUGGGUGAUCAACAUGUACGAAGAGAAGCAUAUGUGGGCUACUGCAUAUAUAAGAGGAAAAUUCUUUGUUGGCUUUAGAACUACCUCAAGAUGUGAAGGUUUACACUCAGUUGUGGCAAGGUAUGUGGGGUUCCGGUAUGAUUUGACAAGUUUCGCAGAGCAUUUUCAAAGGUGUGUUGCACAUUUGCGCUUUAAAGAAUUUAAUGCUGAUUAUGAAUCUACACGUGGGGUGCCCGUCAUGCAGACUUACACAUUUGUGAGAUUCCCGGGUCAUUGGUAUUGGAUAGAUGGACAAAAAGGCUCAGGACAACCAUCUAGGAAAAAGCGGCAACGUUGUAGUGUUUGUCAAAUGGAAGGACAUAAGAAGACAACAUGUCCUUGGCGAAAGGACAUUGACAACAACGUUAUUGAAGAUGAAGCUAAAAGUUCGGAUGAUGGCGACGUAUAUCCAGAACCGACGGCUAAGUUAGAUAGUGAUAAUUAG